AUGGAUGUGAAGAUAAAGCCCGAAAUCUCCACACAGCUAGAUCGUAUUUGGGAGCACAAAGCUUGGAAGUAUCUUGACGCGUCAAAGGGAACUUGGCCAGUCAUGGAAGGACAGAGAGCCCCCCUGGUUGGAACACGCUGCGAUCCUAUGGACAGCCAAUCCACUAAGAUCCCUCUCAACACACGGACUUCUCAGGGAUUAGAUAGGAAAGAAAGUAACGAGGACGAUGAGAUAGACGAUGAGAACGUUGAAGCCUGGGAACUUGAGGACGAUGAUGACGACGAAGACGCCGAGAGCGAUUAUAAUGAUUCUGGACAUUUUGACGAUAUUGAGGGGACCACAGCUGGAACCCAUCAAGAUAUAUUCUCAGGGGUAUCAGGGGGCUCUGCUGCAUCUGCAUUUGCACAAUUUCUUGAACUCUUGUUCCAACUAUGUAUCAUGCUCAGUACUGAACCUUUUCUCAAUGGGCAACCGAGUUCUACGCUGCUUAUAUACUUCAGCGGUAUACUUGGACUUUCCGCUGAUUGCCAGAGAUUCCGGCUCGCUCGACAGUAUUGUACAAAACUCUCAGCGAUGAUAUACGUACAGCGCAUCUUAUUCCUGGAGCAAGCUCUACCUUUGCGUGGAUAUCAAUCCAUAGGCAUUCCUCAACGGCAGGAUGCCAGGGCUCUCGAGUGUCUCGACAAAAUCCGAGCCAAGUAUAUGGUUCUAGGCUCGCAAUAUCCUUUGGCGGAGCUGAUCAGCCUACGAGAUUUCGGACGUAAUGUUGCACGUAACGAACCACCCUCUAUGCUUUUCCACUGGAGCAACGAUGGUGAGACAGUGUCUCAUGCGAGUGUCCAAGUAACAAUGAACGAGUUCCGCAAACUGCCAGACUAUUUUAUUACACAGGCGGAAGCACUAUGCGAUCGAUUGAUGUUUGGGAUCCAGCCAAGCAUUGACUUAUCAGGAGUCAAAGACAAUAUGUCUAUUUCUACAAGUGGUCAUAGCUUCAUCAAGUACCCUGAGAACGGUCUAGAGUCAGCCUACUUGGAAUUACUAGUCCGUGCUUAUACCGCAGGCAGAACCGGAUUAGCCCAAAACGGCGUUUGGAGGUGGCAUGCUGUUACAGAAUAUCUGAAACUGGUUAGCAAGAUGGAAGAACAGCUUGCCGGUGGCCUUUAUACUGCAUGUGGCCAGACACCACGAAUCAUGUAG